AGAAACGUACUUCAUAUCGGAGAGACUCGAAGCUCAGAACAGUUACGGCUGUUUCUUAUGGCAGGUCGUCACAAGACAAGUCACCAACAUGGAGCUCCAGACCACGGUUUUGCUGGUUUUCACUCUGAUCGUCGGCUCUAGUGCCGAGUUCGCUCUCCAACUGGGAUGGCACGACCCAAAUGUGACCGAAAUUCGUGGACGGGCUCUUGGUGAUCCCAUCCCGAUAAUACUCACCAAUUACAACAAUAUGCAGUUUUACGGAAUCAUCAAAAUUGGCACCCCACCACAAUCCUUCAAGCUUCUAAUGGACACCAGCUCCAGUAACUUCUGGACGCCGUCGAUUGAAUGCGAUCAGAGUAUGGCCUGCCUUGACCACGCCAAGUACGACAGCAGCAAGUCCAGCACGUUCACCAAAAGCGGACGCUACAUCCGGAUUCGCUACAGCGGCGGCGUUGUGCGAGGUAUCACCAGCAUCGACAACGUGGUAGUCGGACCAGCUUCCGUGAAGCAGUACAAGUUCGCUGAGAUAGACCACUCGGACGGCAAGCUUUUCAGGAACGCAAAGUACGACGGAAUCUUCGGCCUCGCCUUCCCGAGUAUCUCGCAAAACAACCAGCUGCCGCUGUUCGACGCAAUGGUGAAACAGGGCGUUGUUCGACAGGCCGUCUUCUCGCUUUACCUGAGCAAGCAGCCCAGUGAGCAAAACGGCGGAGAGAUCUACUUUGGAGGCAUCAACGCGCAACGCUACACGGGUGCCAUUCACUACGUGCCCGUCAGCCAGGCCGCUCACUGGCAGGUCGUCAUGGACAACAUCAACGUCCAAGGUACAACGCUCUGCGUCGGUGGAUGCCCUACAGUGGUCGAUUCCGGAACAUCGUUCCUCAGUGGACCCAGCGCUGAUGUGGAAACUCUUAACAGGGUCAUCGGUGCCACGAAAACAGCGGCUGGAUACUUUGAAGUAAACUGCGCCACCAUCUCCAGCUUGCCACCAAUCACCUUCAAUUUGAACGGCAAGUCCUUCCCGCUCCAAGGAGAAGCCUACACGAUCAGAAUUCCGCUCACAACUGGCGGUGAGCAGUGCUUCACUCGUAUCUCGGAGUCGGACGCAUCCGGUACAAACCUCUGGAUCUUGGGCGCCGUCUUCACGCAGACGUACUACACAGUGUUCGAUAGGGCCCAGAACCGUGUUGGAUUUGCCACGGCGGUCUAGACUGUGGUUUCUGCCACCCACGUGGAAAGAUGCGACCUUCGUACGGCCGUCCAAACGAUGGCUAUUCGCUGCGAUCGGGAAUUUAUUAAACUAUGCUCACUGUUUCGAAUGGCAUCACUAUUUUUCCAGAUUCACUAUUCUAUCGCGUUGCAUACGAUAUGAAAUAAAUUGUGCAAUUUUCCUUGAG